AUGGCCAAAGCUCCACUUAAGCAAUUAUCGGUGAACACUUUUGAAAGCGUUCGUAUUAGUUCACCAAAAUCGUCAACAAAGAAGAAUGCAUCAGGUAUCAUUGAUGCACACUCGAUUAAGAAAAAGAACGCUGUUCGUAAACAGCUCAUUCCCGUUGAAGAAGCAACGCUUGAUAUCCCAUCGAUCGUUCAAGCUGGUACGCGCAUGUCAGCUCAAGAGUUCGAAGCAUUUGUUCAAAAAACAGCACCUGAAUCUUAUUGGCAUAUCAUGGCUGAACAUUACCGAGUGAAACUCGAAGACGUCACGCGUGAAAAUCAACAGCUUCAUGAAAUUAUCGAUGAUUUGAAUGCGGACAAUAAUAAUUUACGCGUAGUUGCUGAUCAUUGCGAAUACUUAACAGAUAUUAUUGAAAAAUUAACGAGCGAAGACGAGAAUGAAACUAAGAAGAAAUCGUCAGUUUGUGUACGAUUGUUUUGA